AUGCAUGAAGAGUCUAUAACACAUCACAAAACUCAUAAGAAAAAAUCUGCAAAAUUAAAGAAUGGCUUAUGCUAGGCUUGCUCCUUUGGCUCUCUACUUGCUCGCCACAUCCAUAAUGUUUCCGAUGAAGAAGAUAGAAGCAGCAGACUGUUCAGGUGCUUGUUCACCGUUUCAGAUGCCACCGUGCGGGUCAACUGAUUGUCUCUGCAUCCCUGCUGGACUAUUAUUUGUUGGUUACUGCACUUAUCCAAGUGGACUUUCAUCUGUGGCGAAGAUGAUAGACGAACAUCCGAACCUAUGUCAAUCUGAUGAUGAAUGCAUGAAGAAAGGAAGUGGGAACUUCUGUGCUCGUUAUCCAAAUAACUACAUGGAUUAUGGUUGGUGCUUUGACUCUGAUUCUGAAGCUCUUAAAGGGUUCUUGGCCAUGCCUGCAGCAAUCACCAAGUAAUAUGCGUAUGCUGUGAUGCAUCUAGUAUACUACUUCUAUAAAAGAAAGCUUUUGAUGCAUCUACUUCUAUUAUUAAAAAGGGUGUUCUAUCCAACACGUAGUUGCUGACUGUAGACUCCUGGAACAUGAGUUAAUAAACAAAAAGGUUCUGAUGUA